GCGGUGAUCAGUUUCGCGGGAAGCUCGGAGCCGAAGUUUCUCCCUCAGGACUCUAAAUUAAAUAGAUUUUAUCCUGAAAUCUUAGCGCUUCUACACUCAGGAUGCUUUUUCAGUGUGUAGUAGAUCGCGGGGCGAGUAAAAGAAGACGGAACGAUCAGCGUAGAGAGCUUCCGAUAUCAUCCCUGCUGAAAUGUUUCCACUGUGUUCGUUCUGAUGAGCACACAUCGUACGGAGACUCCGGUGUGGCUGUCCCUCCGUUCGGAUGCACCUUCUCCACAGCUCCAGGACAGGGCGGCACUCUGGCUGUAGCGAAUGAGGAAGGAAUCAUCAGCCUCUACACGACUACAGAGAGACGCAGCGCUGUACUGAAGGAAUGGAUGGCUCAUGAUAACGCAGUGUUCGACAUCUCGUGGGUUCCUGGAGCGAACAGCUUGGUGACGGCGUCGGGUGAUCAGACGGCUCGUAUGUGGGACGUCGUUACCGGGGAGCUCCUGGGAACCUUCAAGGGCCAUCAGUGCAGCCUGAAGACCGUGGCCUUCCCUAAACACGAGAAAGCGGUGUUCUGCACCGGCGGCAGGGACGGGAACAUCAUGGUGUGGGACACGCGGUGUAGUAAGAAAGGUGGUUUCUACAGGCAGAUGAAGCAGAUCAGUGGAGCUCACAUGAAGACGGAGAGAAGCACGCCGCAGACGAAGAAGAAGCGGGCCAUGCCCAGAGGAAUGCCUCCGUCUGUGGACUCCCAGAGAGGUGUGACAGUGGUUCUUUUCAGGGAUGAAAACACGCUCGUGUCGUCAGGAGCGGUAGACGGAGCGAUAAAGAUGUGGGAUUUACGGAAGAGUUACACAGCGUACCAUCAGAACCCCACCCCGCUGCAGACCUAUCAAUACCCAGGAUCCUCCACUCGCAAACUAGGUUACUCAGGACUGACCAUGGACUCCUCCGGCUCCAGACUCUUCUGUAACUGCACUGACGACAACAUCUACAUGUUCCACCUCACUGGAUUGAAAACCACACCAGUCGCUGUGUUCAACGGCCACCGCAACUCCUCGUUCUACGUGAAGUCCAGCGUGAGCCCUGACGACCAGUUCUUGGCCAGCGGUUCCAGUGACAACCACGCUCACAUCUGGAAGAUCUCGGACCCGGCUCAGGCUCCCGUCAUGCUCCAGGGUCACAGCCAGGAAGUGACGUCGGUCACCUGGAGUCCGUCUGACUUCACAAAGAUUGCUUCGUGCUCUGAUGAUAACACAGUGAGGAUCUGGAGACUCGGCCGGGGUGCAGACGGAGAGAAAUCCUUCCUUGGUGAAGCGAACCUUGUAGGAUGGGCACGUCGCAAAAUACAGACGCCCCCCAGACCGUGUGGUUCUGCCAUUCUGGCGGAUGUAACACCAGUUCGGAGUUGCCGGUCAGGCAGUGUCGAGUCGCUGGUGUCCCCUCGCCCGGGCACGUGUGCCCCCAGCGGCGCCGACUUCCCUCUUUCCUCUGUCACCUCAUCACCCUCUGAAAUCCUGCGCCCCUCCCAGACCAAAGCUCCCCUCUCCACCCCCGUCAGGAACGGCAUCAGCCCGGAGCGGCGUGCCAAACGGCGGCUGGACACGAGCCGAGUGACCUCGGAGGAGGACGAGAGCGACGGCGUGACGGAGCUCUAUCCGGACUGUAAGAGGAGCCGGGGUUCGGCGGGCACUUUGAGCCAGUCUGCGGAGGGAGAGGUGACGGAGGGGAGGGAGCACAGGACGGGCGUGGCGGCUCAGGCUGAUAAAGAGAACAGCUCUCCGCUGAAAGCUGAUUGGCUCUCAGCAAUGAGCCGAAAACUCAAGCAAGCUCAGAGCGGAGCGGCUCUGCCCAAGAGUCCCACCGCAGCCAAAAGGCAAGACAGCAGGACGCACCCGUCCCUCUCUAUGUUGAGCUCUCCGCAGUCCGGGAGGAGGACGUCGUCUCCUCAGUCUCACAGGGUCUCGUCUCCAGCUUCUACCAAAAAGAUUUCUGCUUAUUUUCAGAAAACUCCACAGAAAUAAGACUUUAUGAGCAUUCAUGGACUCGUGCGUUCCUUAAGGAACGUUUCUCCUCUCGGUGUUCCUGGAGGAACAUCUGUAAAGCGAAUUAAACACUUGGAUGCACAGGGAUGCUUUAUCGUAAAUGUAUGAUUAUUUCAGAACUUUGUUUUACAGUUUGUACAGUUUAUUUGCAAAGCUUCUAACUGUAUGAUUACAGCGUGAAUUUCUACAUCGUUUUUAUCUGUAAAUAAGUUUUUGUACACAGAAUAUUUUUAGCUGUCGGUUGAUGUGUGUAACACGUGAUUAAUUAAACGCAGACGCUCUGGUUGAGGUCUGAACUUUUAUACUGUC